AUUAAGAUUUUGGCUUUCACUUUGCUAAUUCCCUAAAGGGUAGCCUCCCCCACUUCCCUUUCCCCCAAAAAGGACAAUAUCAAAAGAAAAAUACUCGAGAAGCUAAUCUGGAAAGGAAAAGCGGAUCCUGGGAGUUCAGAGUUGCUCCGACCUACGGAACAACAGCUUGCAGAUGCAAACGGGGAGCCAGGGAAAAAUAGGCUGGGCUCAAGCAACCUGCUACUGGGAUUUAGACAAAGAAGGCUUGAGAGAGGCAGAGGAAAGAGGAGGGAACGGUUCCUAAUGUCAGCUCGGGGAGGGAAACAGCAGCCAGGCUCGGUGAAUGAGAUGGAAAGUGAACACUCCGCGUCCUCCUGGGCAGAAGAGGCAGCUGUUCCGAACAAAAUACCAACUCAGGUGGAAAAGUAAGUUUGGAGCAAGCACUUCAUGAUUCUGACUGUCUUUGAAACAUGCCUUCGUUGAUGCAUUAUCUUUUUGUAGUUCCUAUUUUUACUGUAGUUAUUUUUAUUCUGUUCUACAUGUUUAAUUUAUAUAACGAUCAAAGCCUUCAGAGGCUAAAUAUAACAAACACUUUGGUUCUAGCCAAAGUCUGCAAUUCAUUUAUCAACGGGAAAACAUCUUUCCUAUGGGAAAACACGCUAACAGUAUCUGGGAAAUCUUGCAAGGAAUACUUGCUCCAAAGUCACUACAUAACAACCACUCUUUCAGAAGAGGAGGCUGAAUUUCCUUUGGCCUAUGCAAUGGUCAUACAUAAGGAUUUUGAAACCUUUGAGAGACUCUUCAGGGCAGUUUACAUGCCUCAAAACGUUUACUGUGUUCAUGUGGAUGAAAAGGCAACAACUGAGUUUAAAGAUGCUGUGGGGAAAUUGGUGGGCUGUUUCCCCAAUGUUUUCCUUGCCUCCAAGAUAGAGCCAAUAGUCUAUGGUGGAAUAUCCAGGCUCCAGGCUGACCUGAACUGCAUGAAAGACCUUGUGGCCUCUAAGGUUCAGUGGAAGUACCUCAUCAACACUUGUGGACAAGAUUUUCCCCUGAAAACUAACAAGGAAAUAAUCCAGCAUUUGAAAGGAUUUAAAGGGAAAAAUAUCACCCCAGGGGUGCUGCCUCCUGCACAUGCUAUUGAAAGGACAAAAUACAUCCAUAGAGAGCAUCUGAGUUCAGAGGCAUCUUAUGUAAUAAACACCCAAGCAUUAAAAACCCCACCUCCCCACAAUCUGACGAUUUACUUUGGCUCUGCUUAUGUUGCCCUUACAAAGGAGUUCAUCAAUUUUGUUCUCCAUGAUCAAAGGGCCAUUGAUUUAAUGCAAUGGUCUAAAGACACCUACAGUCCUGAUGAGCAUUUCUGGGUGACACUCAAUAGGAUUCCAGGUGCUGAAAGAAAGAGGUGCUCAGCUGGAAGAACUGAGUGGGUGAGACAAGGGUGGGAGGAUCCAAGAAAGCCGAAUAAAUAGCUUGGUGAAUGGGAGUAGGCGGUAACACCGAAGCUACAGAAACAAAAGCUCCUACCGAAAAAGGUCUCAAUCCUACCCGACCCUGAAAGUGAUUUGCUGAGA